UCAACGGUCAGUGGCACUACGUCAGGCCAUAUAAACCAGAGACAUACCUUCGUGUCAUACUACCCUACAAUGAUUCAAGUUUGAUUUUAGACUAGUCGUUCCUCUGAAAUAAAACACAUACUCAAGUCUUAAAAUGCAAACAAGGCGCCAAUUGCUAGCGACUGCCACUCGGCGCAUCAGUGAGGCGUCGAGGGCCUCUCUCUCACGAACCACGCGCCAGUUUCCCCGGGCACCGGCGCUGGGCGUAACCGUACCGGCACUCAAUGCCACUCAUCUAACCAGCUCUCUUCGUCUUCUUCCCACAAUAACGACUCGAUCGUAUGCCAACGGCAGACCACGCCCCCCAGGCGGUACCCAUCGCAUGAACCUCGGGGGUGAGGACGAGAAACCAGCAUUGGAACAAUACGGUAUCGACUUAACAGCAAAAGCACGAGAGGGAAAGCUCGAUCCGGUCAUCGGCAGAGCGGCGGAAAUCCAGAGAACCAUCCAAAUCCUGUCACGGAGAACGAAGAACAACCCGGUGCUCAUUGGAUGCGCCGGUGUUGGCAAGACAGCCAUUCUUGAAGGCCUUGCGCUGGAGAUUGUGAAGGGCGCGGUGCCUGAAAGUAUCAAAAACAGGAGAGUCAUCAGUCUCGAUCUCGGAUCUCUUAUUGCAGGAGCCAAGUUUAGGGGUGAUUUUGAGGAGCGGCUGAAGAAGGUCCUGGGCGAAGUGCAAGAAGCCAACGGAGAGGUUAUCCUGUUUAUCGAUGAGCUCCAUACUCUCCUUGGUCUCGGAAAGGCCGAAGGCUCCAUUGAUGCGUCGAACCUCUUGAAGCCAGCUCUUUCUAGAGGUGAGCUUCAGUGCUGUGGUGCAACCACCAUGACUGAGUACCGUCAGAUCGAGAAGGAUGUUGCUCUCGCUCGCCGGUUCCAGCCCAUCAUCGUCAGCGAGCCGACAGUGGAGGAUACCAUUAGUAUUCUGCGCGGUAUCAAGGAGAAGUAUGAAGUUCACCAUGGUGUCCGUAUCACUGACGGAGCACUGGUUGCUGCCGCUACUUAUUCCAACCGUUACAUCACCGACCGUUUCCUUCCCGAUAAGGCCAUCGACUUGAUGGACGAAGCCGCCAGCUCGCUUCGCCUACAGCAAGAAAGCAAGCCCGACGAUAUCCAGCGGUUGGACCAGAAGAUCAUGACCAUUCAGAUUGAGCUGGAAAGUUUACGAAAGGAGAAGGACGUUGCCAGCGUCGAGCGCCGCGAGAAGCUCGAGGCUGACCUGAAGAAGUACCAAGAUGAAGUCGCCGUACUGACGGAAAGGUGGCUGAAGGAAAAGGCCGAAAUCGACAGCAUCAAGCAAACCCAGGCAGAGCUUGACAGAGCCCGCAUUGAGUUGGAGCAAGCACAGCGAACCGGAAACUUUGCCAGGGCUUCGGAAUUGAGAUUUGGCGUCAUUCCAAACCUGGAAAAGAAGCUACCCAAGGACGGCGAAAGACCUACCCGUGAUCUCUCUCUCAUCCAUGAUUCGGUCACCGCUGACGACAUUGCCAACGUCGUCUCCAGAAUUACCGGCAUUCCCAUUUCCAAGUUGUCCAGCGGCCACACGGAGAGACUGAUUCACAUGGAAGACAUCCUCCGCGAGUCUGUCCGCGGUCAAGACGAGGCCCUGAAGGCGGUUGCCGACGCAGUGCGAAUGCAAAGAGCCGGCUUGAGCGGCGAGAACCGCCCACUGGCCUCCUUUUUCUUUCUCGGCCCCACCGGCGUCGGCAAGACAGAGCUGUGCAAGAAGCUCGGCGGCUUCCUUUUCUCGACCGAGACCGCCGUCGUUCGAUUUGACAUGAGCGAGUUCCAAGAAAAGCACACCAUCUCGCGCCUGAUCGGUGCUCCCUCCGGCUACGUCGGCUACGAAGACGCCGGCCAGCUGACCGAGGCCGUCCGCCGCAAGCCCUACGCCGUCAUCCUUCUCGACGAGUUCGAAAAGGCGCACAGAGACAUCUCGGCCUUACUCCUUCAGGUCCUCGACGAGGGCUACCUGACCGACGCCCAGGGCCACAAGGUCGACUUCAAGAACACCAUCAUCGUGCUCACCUCCAACCUCGGUGCCGACAUCCUGGUCGGAGCCAACCCCAUGGUCCCCUACAAGGAGACGGAAGACGGCGACAUCCACCCCGACGUCAAGCAGGCCGUCAUGGACGUCGUCGCAUCUCAGUACCCGCCCGAGUUCCUUAACCGUAUCGACUCCUUUAUCAUCUUCAAGCGUCUCGCUAUGGAGGCGCUCAGGGACAUUGUUGACAUCCGCCUGAAGGAGCUCCAGGAGCGACUCAACGAUCGCCGCAUCACCCUCGACGUUCCCGAAGAGGUCCGCCAGUGGCUGGCUGAGAGGGGAUAUGAUCCCAAGUUUGGCGCGAGGCCGCUCAACAGGCUCAUCACCACCGAGAUUGGAAAUGGGCUUGCGGAUAAGAUUAUUCGUGGACAGAUCAAGUCUGGCGAUAAGGCGGUGGUGGAAAUCAAGGAGGACAGGAGCGGACUGAAUGUCUACGCGGAGCAGCAGGAGCAGCCUCCGGCUGCCGAGGAGGCUGAGGCUGAGGCUUAG